CCUCCUUUGCGCACAAAGAAGAUGCUCUCUCGAUACCUUGCCCGUUCCGGGCCAGCUCUCCCCGCGAGGGCUUUCCAGCCCAUGACGCUUCCUCGACUGGCGACGUCGACCUCGAUGCCGCUCGGCCGGCGCGGGCUUGCCUCGUCUGCAGACCCCUACGACGUUGUUGUCAUCGGUGGUGGCCCGGGCGGGUACGUCGCGGCCAUCAAGGCCGGUCAGCUUGGCCUCAAGACGGCCUGCAUCGAAUCGCGCGGCGCGCUCGGAGGGACAUGCCUCAACGUCGGCUGCAUUCCUUCCAAGGCCAUGCUCAACAACUCGCACCUCUACCACCAGGCCGCACACGACUUCAAAUCGCGCGGCAUUGACGUAAAGGAUGUCAGCGUCAACCUUGCCCAGAUGCUCAAGGCAAAGGACAAGGCCGUGACGGGUCUGACCAAGGGUGUGGAAGGCCUGCUCAAGAAGAACAAGGUCGACUACCUCAAGGGAUUCGGAAGCUUUGCAGGCCCGACCACGGUCAAUGUCAAGCUCAACGACGGUGGCGAGACCCAGGUGGAAGCCAAGAACAUCAUCAUUGCAACGGGAAGCGAGGUCACGCCCUUCCCUGGUAUCGAAAUUGACGAGGAGCAGAUUGUGUCUUCGACGGGUGCCCUUGAGCUCAAGAAGGUGCCCGAGAAGAUGAUUGUCAUCGGUGGCGGUGUCAUUGGUCUCGAGAUGGGCUCCGUCUGGAGCAGACUCGGUGCCAAGGUCGAGGUUGUCGAGUUCCUCGGCGCCAUUGGCGGUGCCGGCAUGGACGGCGAGGUGUCCAAGUCAUUCCAGAAGCUCCUCGAGAAGCAAGGGCUGAAGUUCAGCCUCGGCAAGAAGGUCCUUGAUGCCGAGAAGCGAGAUGGAAAGGUCUACCUCAACGUCGAAGACGCCAAGUCCGGCAAGAAGGAGCAAAUCGACGCUGAUGUCGUCCUCGUCGCCAUUGGGCGUCGGCCAGUGACGGAGGGCCUGAACUUGGAGGCGAUUGGAGUGGAGAAGGACAACAAGGGUCGCAUCGUCGUCGAUGACCAGUACAACACGACGUGCAAGGGCGUCAAGUGCAUUGGUGACGCGACAUUUGGGCCCAUGCUUGCACACAAGGCCGAGGAGGAGGGAAUCGCCGCCGUGGAGAUUAUCAAGCACGGCCACGGCCACGUCAACUACGGUGCGAUCCCCGCCGUCGUCUACACGCACCCAGAAGUGGCGUGGGUUGGCAAGACGGCAGAAGACCUCAAGAAUGAGGGCGUCGAAUUCAACGUGGGCUCCUUCCCGUACAUUGCCAACUCGCGAGGAAAGACAAACGGAGACACCGACGGCUUUGUCAAGUUCCUCGUCGAGAAGCAGACGGACAAGGUCCUCGGCGUCCACAUCAUUGGCCCCAACGCUGGCGAGCAAAUUGCUAGCGCGGUGCUCGCCAUCGAGUACAGCGCAAGCGCCGAAGACAUCGCACGGACAUGCCACGCUCACCCUACCCUGUCCGAGGCGUUCAAGGAGGCUGCCAUGGCCGCGUACGACAAGCCUAUCCACUUCUAGGUCAGACAUGCGAUCUGCGGUGGGACAGGUGGUUUGAGCCUCUAGACACACAAAUGAAAAUGCACAUUGAUUUGAUGGAUAAAGCGAGCGGUCCAGUCCACUCUUCAAAGGAAAGAGCAGAUAUAGUUUUGAGUAAAGCAUGCCAAAAACGGGAGGGGGGCCUGAUUAGAUACAACUACACAAGAGCACCAGCGCUCAUCGUCUAAAGUGAUCGUCCUUGUC